CAGACUGUGAAAUUCGUCGCUGCGUGAAGACAGCUUGGUACCAGCAAAUCUCCCGCAGCAAGUGGAAUCGAACCUCUCUCUCCAUCAACCAUGAACCCUACACAGUAUCUCCUUUGUGUACUGAUUUCUUUAUGCCUUUAUUGCGCAAUGAUGGUGGCGGCCCAGUCGCAAACUUUCAAUUCCUCCUCGGGAAAAGAUCUCACCAAUGUGACUUACUUGGACUUCACAUCGACGGAAGUGGAGAUGGAUGCCUUGGGGGAUGUUGUGGGUCAGUCGGAGGUCGAACUGUCAACAGUGGCUGGAGAUUCUCAGGAAGAAUCAAGCAGCUCCCAGCCAUCACUACCUGGGAAUUCUGGGAUUCAGGAGGACCCAGAAGCCUCUUCAGAAAGCACAACUGCUACAUCCCUCCUUCCACCAGUGCCAUUUUCAGAAGCCGUGGCUGGUGAAUUAGAUGAACUGAAUCCAUUUUCUUCCACGCUGGAGCCUUGGUUUUCCCUGGUGACCAUGACCUCACCAUCAGGCUUUGCUGAAAUGUUGGGAUUGCCUCCCGCCUCGCCAACCAACACCAGGCUGAUGAGACCUGGCUCUACGAUGGAGCAGCCCAGCAGCAGAGCAGCAGAGGGAUCCGCACUCGGGGGUCAGAAGGAGCCCACGGCCACCCGCCCGGGUACGCCAGAAGCGCCUGCAGUCACCUUGGGCUUCACUGACACUGUCCUCAAACCCUCCUCUUCCUCGGUCCUGCAGCAACUCCUCCCGGGUGUGGUAGGGAUCACUGGAUCUGCUAGGACCCUCACCAUGGCCAGGGGCUCUAUCUCACCUGCAGGCCCUCCCAUUGGGAGUGGGACAGGGGUAGGCACUGCCACCCCUGAUCCGGACCAUAGGACUGCCACGGAAGUGGAAUCCAAGGCAGAGGAGCCCGGACAGCAUCCUGAGGAGGUCCAGGAGCCAGGAGUCCCCAUUGGCAGAGGAGGAUCUCAGAAGAUGACACAGGUUGUCUGCAGAGACUGGAACAAGCUGGCUGGCAAGAGUUACGUGAUCUUGAAUAUGACGGAAAACAGUGAAUGUGAAGUUUUUCGAUCCCACAAUGGACUGGAGUUGCUGAAGAUUGUGGCGGAAUCGUUCUCAAGAAAACUGAGUACUCCCACGUCCUCUUGGCUGCUAUCCCUGAGCAAACCCAGUGAACACGACAAACAUCUCCUGAUGAUGCUGGCCAGUGAUAGAGGUACAAUACCAGCAAAGGAAGUUAUCACCAUGUUGGGAGAUGUCAAGGAUCAUUUGAGAGAGAUCGGAAUCCAAAACAUCAGCUCAGCCAUGGGAUGCCAAGGGAGACCCAACCAGCCUCGUGGGGAUUACGGGAAGCUCUUCAUUGUGCUGGUUAUCAUUGGCUCGAUCUGUGCUGUGAUCAUUGUCUCGGGCUUUGUCUACAUCUGCUGGCAGCGGCGGCUCCCCAAGUUAACCCACAUGUCCCAUGGUGAGGAGCUCCAUUUUGUUGAGAACGGUUGCCACGACAACCCAACCCUGGACAUUACAAUAGACAGCACGGUGGAGAUGCAGGAGAAAAAGCCCAGCGUGAACGGCGAUGCCAUUGAACGUUCCGGAGGCUGGAAUGCCCUGGUGAACAAAAGGUCGAAAGAUGAGGGGGACAGUUUUGAGGAGGACACACACCUUUGAGGGCCUGCACUGCUUGAAGUUUGGAGCAGAGGCCUUCACUGUUGAGUGAACCCAAGCACUUUGCAACAGAGGUGCUGUUGUUUUGUAAGGAAUACUGCAUCCAUAAGGGCAUAAGGCAUAGGAACAGAAUUAGGCCAUUCAGCCCAUCGAAUAUGCUCCGCCAUUCCAUCAUGACUGAUUUAUUUUCUCUCUCAGCCCCAUUCUCUUCCCUACUCCCCAUAACCUUUGAUGCCAUUACUAAUUAAGAACCUAUCAACCUCUAUUUUAAAUAAACCCAAUGACUUAGCCUCCACAGCCAUCAUGGCAAUGAAUUCCACAGAUUCACCACCCUCUGGCUAAAGAAAUUACUCCUUGUCUCUGUUCUAAAUGGAUGUCCUUCUAUUCCGAGGCUGUGCCCUCUGCUCCUAAACUCGCCCAUUAAUGGAAACAUCCUUCACACUCGCAGUUUAUCUAGGCCUUUCAAAAUCUACAACACCCCCUCUUUAUCUUUGUGCUGUGGUAUCUAUAGAAUACAAAGAUCAGAACUAGACGUGGGCAGCUGACACUAUCUAGCCCCCAUCAUCAACGAUCGGCAAAUAAUAGUUUGGGGGAGGCGGGGUUUGCCACGUACUAUGUGAGGAGGAACAGGAACCGCAAAACAGUUAUCAGUUAUGGUCCAUCUCAGAACUUGGCCUAACAUCUGGGGUAUUUUGAUAUUUUGACAUUUCUGAAUUCAGGCAGCAAGAUUACUUGAAAUUUCAAUCCAUGGCUGCCUCUUGUGCCAAGCUGAAGCCACCUUCAGGUUGGAAGAGCAACACCCUAUAUUCCUUCUGGGAAGCCUCCAUCCUGAUGGCGUGAAUAUUAAUUUCUCCUUCCGGUGAACUCUUAUAUCAGAUUCUUUCUUCUCCAGCCCUUGACCUUUCCCACCCACCUGGCUUCAUCUAUCACCUUCCAUCUAGCCUCCUUCCCCUCCCCCCACCUUUUAUUUCAGGCAUCUCCCCACCUUCCCUCUCAGUCCCGAAGAACAGUCUUGGUUUGAAACAAGAACUGUUUACUCUUCUCCACAGAUGCUGCCUGCCCUGCUGAGUUCCUCCGACAUUUUACAUGUGGUACUCUGGAUUUCCAGCAUCUGCAAAUCUUCUCAUGUUUGUGAUUUAGUUGAAACCGGUUCAUUGUCUAUACAAAGCGAGUUCAUGUGGCUGGUAAAAUAGGCGUGUGUAAGGAUCUUCAUGUACAGGGACUGGGGCCUCUGCAUUAAUUGCCCAACCCUUGGUCAUUGACCUGAAACAUUCACUUGUUUCUCCUUCCCUGAACACUGGCUGGCUGGUUGUGUAUUUCUGUAUUUUAUUGCCCACCUUUAUUUGUCCUUGAGACCAUUGCAGAGGGCAGGAUUAGUUUACCUUUAUUUAUCACACGUACAUCGAAACACACGGUGAAGUGUGUCAUUUUGCAUCAAUGACCCACACAGUCUGAGGAUGUGCUGGGGGCAGCCCACAAGUGUCGCCACACUUCCAUCGCCAACACAGCAGGUCCACAACUCACUAACUCUAACCCAUAUGUCUUUGAAAUGUGAGAGGAAACCGGACCAUUUGGAGGAAACCUACACACUUAUGAGGGAGGAUGUAUAAAACCCUUGGAGACAUUGGAGUGAAUUGAACCUGGGUGGUUAGUGCUAUAAAGUGUUUCACUAAACACAGGACAGCAGAUUUCAUUCAGUGAAAGAUGCUGUUGUACCAGAUGGGAUUUUACAGCAGUGUGGUAGUUCAGUGACCACUUUUACUGAUGCUUUACCUUAAGAUAGAAUUUCACAUUUGUUUGUGUAGCUGUGGUGGGAUUUGAACUCCUGUCCCUCAAACAUAAGCCCAGCAUCAUAAUCGCUGUGCUGAGGUACAGCUGAGGUUAUGUGUUGGCCUGGAUUUCUCUGUGCGCUGUUGAGAUGAAUUAGCCAGUGUUGGCAUGUGGCUCGAGUGCAUUGUUGGCUGUGAUUCAAAUGAUUUCAUUUGAGUUUAAAGUUAUUGUCAGAGGUAUACAUACUCAGGGUAUAAAUGCCAUGAAAAUGAGCGUUUUGAAGCAGCAGCCCAGAACAUAGAAUGGAACAGGCCAUUUCCCGCCUGGGGAAAUAUUCUCUGGCUGUCUCCUCUAUUUGUGCCUCUUAUUAUCUCAGGCACCUCCGAGUACAAGUUACCUCUCAUUCUCCUUCACUCCAAGGAGAAAAGCCCUGGCUCACUUAAUCUAUCCUCAUACCACAUGCCCUCUAAUCCAGGCAGCAUCCUGGUAAAUCCCCUCUGCACCCUCUCAAGAUCCCAAGAUCCCUCUGUUCCUCCACACUGUUAAGACUCCUGCCAUUAACCCAUCAAGUUUGACCUUCCAAAGUGAAUCACUUCACACUUUUCUAGAUUGAUCUCAGUCUGCCACUUCUCAGCCCAGUUCUGCCUCCUGUCAAUGGCCCUUUCCUUUGAUAAUCUUCUACACUAUCUACAACACCAAGUACAUUACAAGAUGAGGACAAACAUAAUUUAACAGAAUCUUAAAUUAACAUAAAUCAUACAUAACUUACAAAAUCAAUAACAAACAUAAUGAUAAUAGUGCAAGUAUUUUAUUUGGAGGUACGGCACAGUAACAAUCUCAACCAGCCCGCUCUACCCAAUUACACCCAUGUGACCAAUUAACCUACUAACUCGUAAGUCUUUGGAAUGUGGGAGGAAACCGGAGCUUCCGGAGGAAACCCUGCUGGUCAUGGAGAGAACAUAGAAACUUCUUACAGACAGUGGUGGGAAUUGAACCUGGGUUACUGGUGCUGUAAUAGUGUUUCGUUAACUGCUAAAGCUGAGAGUGAAAAAUAUAUAGUCUGAGGCAGUGUUAGGGCUUUUUCAGGUUGGUUCCAGAACCUGUUUGCAGUGGGGAAGAAAUGGUUGCUGUGGGUCUCUAGGCUGCUGUAUCUCGUGUCUGAUGGCAGCAUUGAGAAGUGUGUGUGGCCCGGAUGGUGGGAGUCCCUGGCGAAUUGUGUUCUGACUUGUAAUGGACUAUCAUCCCACUCCUAAUGUCUCUCCGUCAUGGUCACAAUAGACCCUUGAAGAGAACUUGAAGAGAUAAUGCUGAUGAUAAGAUGCAGUCAUUAUUUUUUGUCUUUUAGCAGAAGUAGUGUAACUGAGAGAUUGAAAAUAAUGGGAUGACACAAAUAUGAAACCCAGAAAGUUGCUAGACGUAGUGGGGAAAAAUCACAGUGGACUAUGGUUUUUGGAUUCUUAUUGUCACAGGUGGUAGAUGGUAGGGAGGAGGUACAUCUAUGCCAAAGGAGGUGGAAGGUGCUCCUUCCCUUCACUGGCCUGCAGGUCACCCAUGGGCAAGGUGUAGACCUACUUAGUCCCCCGAUCAGGGUCAUGUGAAGACAUGGGAACAGGUGGCGGAUGGCUGUAUGAGCUGCUGGUGCACGUCACAAGUUCUGGAUAUGUAACCACUGAUGCCAGGCAGACAAUCUCUGAAGAGUAUUGUGAAAAUACACUAAGUACACUGCAGAUGCUGUGGCCAAAGCAACACGCACAACACACUGGAGGAACUCAGCAGGUUGGGCAGCAUCCGUGGAAAUGAACAGUCAACGUUUCGGGCUGA